UGUUGUUAAAUUUCUUAAUAAUUUUCCUCACGCAAGUGAUGCUAUUGCAGGUUGCGCACGUAAAACCGAGGUUCCAUUAUGGGAUUACUUAUUUCCUAUUGUCGAUAAAUGUAUGUCCACUAGAUUACUUAAAACGGCUACCUCAUAUUUAUUGGUUCUUCAUACAUUAGAACCAUCAUCUGAUAAUAGCAAG